UAACGACGCUCUCACACCUCUCAUACAUCAAAGAAACGUCAGCUGCAGCUAAAGCAACAGAAGCAGGACCCUGGAGUUUCAGUACAUACGCAUAGGUGAUUAAGACAUUAUGGCAAGCCUAAAACUGCGCAGGACAUACGCUGCAGAAACGGACACGUACUCCAGCCGUAUGGCUGAUCAAGAAAACCCUUAGAGAAGAGUACGAAGGCUGAUGGGUCUACGAGAGGCAGUCCUAACGGCAGACUUCGUUGUCUGCACACGAGGUCAGUCCCCGCAGUGACGAAUGGCAGAGAAGUCGGAGAGCGGCGUCUCUGAGGUGGUGGUAAACACCAGCUUCGAUGACUGCAUAUCCAAGUACCGCGACUUCUUUCUACCCAAUGGCGGCCUGUACUGCAACUGGACGUGGGACCUGGUGCUGUGCUGGCCCCCCACCAGGGCGGGCACCACGGCCAAGCAGCGCUGCCCCAGCUUCAACGGGCUCGACCAGACCAAGUUCGCCGUGCGGCGGUGCUCGCUGGAAGGGCGGUGGGAGGGCCGCGACCCUUCGUCCCCACAGGGCUGGACCAACUACACGCCCUGCUACCUGCCGGAGACUCUGCAGCUCAUGCGGAGGCUCUACGCCGGCUCUGAGGCCGCCGCCAAGGUGAAACUGGCGAUCGCAGAGCGGACGCGGACGCUGGAGAUCGUGGGCUUCAGCGUGUCCCUGGCUGCCCUGCUCGUCUCGCUCGCCAUAUUCUACCGUUUCAGGAGCCUUCGAAACAACCGGACGCGCAUCCACCGGAACCUGUUCGUGGCGAUGGUGGUGCAGGUGGUGAUCCGGCUGACGCUGUACGCCGACCAGGCGGUGGUGCGCGGCGGAGCCGUCGCCGACCCCGUGCCCGUGACGCCCGUGGGCGGUGGGGGCGGCGGGGGCGGCGCCGCGGCGGCCGGGGACCGCAACAAGACGGCGGUGGGGGCGGCGGAGUCCACGCAGCCGGCGCCGGCCGCGCCGCGAGCCGCCCACCGCCAGGGCAUCGACAACACGCCAGUGCUGUGCGAGGCGUCGUACGUGCUUCUGGAGUACGCCAGGACGUCCAUGUUCAUGUGGAUGUUCGUAGAGGGGCUCUACCUGCACAACGCCGUCACAGUGACGGUCUUCCAGGAGGGGUCCUACCUGGUGGCCUACUCGCUGCUGGGCUGGGGCGUGCCCGUGCUGAUGACUGCUGCGUGGGCGGUCACCACGGCCGUGCGGUACGGCGGCUCCAACAGGUGCUGGUGGGGCUACAACCUGACGCCAUACUUCUGGAUUCUGGAGGGUCCCCGCCUUGGCGUUAUAGUGUUGAACUUCCUGUUUCUGCUGAACAUCAUCCGUGUGCUGGUGGUCAAACUUCGGCAGAGUCGCACCAGCGAAAUAGAGCAGGCCAGGAAGGCGGUGCGGGCUGCGGUGGUGCUGCUGCCGCUGCUGGGCAUCACCAACCUGGUCAACAUGGCGGACGCCCCGCUGGACCGGGCCGCGUGGGAGUUCGCGCUCUGGUCCUACGCCACGCACUUCCUCGUCUCCUUCCAGGGCUUCUUCAUAGCCUGCCUCUACUGCUUCCUCAACGGCGAGGUGCGGACGGCGCUGAUGAAGAGCGUGUCGGUGUACCUGUCGCUGCGGCAGCACCAGCAGGCGGCGGCGCGGCGCAUGUCCGUCUUCUCAGGGGUGUACAUCCCGGCGGAGCGGCGCCAGCCCAGCCCCGUGGCCUGCACCGCGCUCGGCGCCACUCGGCGGCCCCUGCCCAGGCUAUCGGCCGCCCGCCGCCAGCGCAGGUGCGUGCACACCCCUCCUCUACAGUACUGUGCUGUGGCCUGGCUCACACUGCAGAAGCACACUCACAACACUUCGUACUUCAAACCAGAUAAAUUAAGCUAA